CUUCAGCGUUACCACAAACUCGUCCAGGAGAAAGAUGUGCAAACCGAUCCACAUCAACUAUACGCGCUGGAGGCUCUAGAGCGGCUGCGCAAGGAUCUGUUGGAGACGGAACCAUCGCAUUCUUUGCCCAGUUUGACGAAUUCCGAAACCAAACCAAGUCUUUUAGCUACCGGAGGCUUUCUGAGUAGUUGGUUGGGAGGGACCAACGCCACUCCUAGUACGAACAAACAUAUGCACAAGGCACAAAAGGCUAUCCAGCAAGCCAUGACGGGUAUACCACAUCCCCGCGGCGUCUACUUGCACGGUGGAGUCGGCUGUGGUAAGACCUUUCUCAUGAAUCUCUUUUACGAUUCCAUCGUUGAAGGACCCUGGGCCGAGCACAAGCAAAAAAUUCAUUUUCACAAAUUCAUGUUGCGCAUUCAUCAAGACAUGCACGCGUCGCGCUACGAUGCACUCGGUAAGGCCACACAGCAGGCGGACCUUAUUUUACCCUCGGUUGUGGCCAAAACCUUGGAAAAAGGAAGGCUCUUGUGUUUGGACGAGUUUCAAGUGACAGACGUUGCCGACGCACUUAUACUACAGCGGCUGUUUACCGGUCUAUGGCAACACGGAUGCGUUGUAGUGGCCACGUCCAAUCGGCCGCCGGACGGAUUGUACUGGAACGGCAUUCAGCGAGAUCGGUUUCUGCCAUUUAUUGAUCUACUCAAACUUGAAAACGACGUCGUGACUAUGGACGAUUCGGGUACCGACUACCGACUGGUUCAAAAGGCUGAAUCGGGAGCCACCACGCAAGUGAGCUUUGUAGGGAAAACAGGUAAAAUGGAGCUGGACGGACUCUUUUACCAACUCACGGCUGGUUCGCCAGUAACACCUACUUCGCUUCAAACGCAAGGUCGCAAAGUAAAGAUUCCGCAAGCGGCCUUGAAAAAGGGGAUAGCACGAUUUUCGUUUGAGGACUUGUGUCAAAAAGCUCUCGGAGCUGCAGACUAUUUAAUUAUUGGCAAGCACUUUCACACAGUGUUUGUAGAUCGGAUUCCCGUUUUAACCCUGAACGAAUUGAACUGGGUACGCCGGUUCAUUACCUUUGUCGACAGCAUGUACGAAUCGGACGUCAAACUCAUCCUACACGGCAAGACGAUUCCAUCGGAGAUCUUUCAAAAGCCGUCACACGAGGACAAUUCUCACGACGAAGUCUUUGCGUUUGAUCGGACAGUCAGCCGGUUGGAAGAAAUGGCGUCACGCAAAUACCUA